AGACCUGACAAAUGAACAUCAGAAGGAGGUCGAUAAAUUGUUACGCGAAAUACAGGCAAUGAAAGAAAAAAAUGACACUCUUCUUAAGGAAAAGGAGGAGGAAAUCACGAAAUAUACUCAGAUGAAUCUGAAACUCAAAGAAGAAUUGAAGAAGAAGGAAAAAGAGGCAGAGGACAAAAUUAAAGAGCGAGAGGAAAGAAUUGUGUUGCUCGAAGGUGAGCAGGAGAAGAAGGAAAGGCAGAUGGUAGAAAUAGCAAGAGAGGUAGAGGAAAAAACUGAAGGCCUGACAAAUGAACAUCAGAAGGAGGUCGAUAAAUUGUUACGCGAAAUACAGACAAUGAAAGAAAGAAAUGAUACUCUUCUCAAGGAACUCGAAAACAUGGAGGAGAAAAUAACGAAAUAUACUCAGAUAAAUAAGACACUCAAAGAAGAAAUGAAGAAGAAAGAAAAAGAGGCAAAGGAGAAAAUUAAAGAGCUAGAAGAAAGAAUCGCGAAACUGGAAAGUGAACAGGAGAAGAAGGAAAGGCAGAUUGUAGAAAUAGCGAGAGAACAAGAGGAAAAAAUGGAGGUCCUUAAAAAUGAACAUCAGAAGGAGGUCGAUAAAUUGUCACGCGAAAUACAGACAAUGAAAGAAAAGUUGUUGAAGAAAAGUGACUAUAUCCAGAAAAUUUAUGAAGACUACAACAAGAAUCUUGCAGAUCAUAAAUCUAGAAAUGACACUCUUCUCAAGGAACUCGAAAACAAGGAGGAGGAAAUAAUGAAACAUACUCAGAUAAAUGACGAACUCCUUGCAAAUAUCGAGGGAAAGGAACAGAAACUAGCACAGCAAGUAGAGAAAAUUCAAACAUUGGAGGCAACCAUCGAAGAUCAACAGGAACAGAUCGAGGUCUUGGCGAACAUUGGAAGUUCCAAAACAUCGGGCGCCAUCGGAGUUGCCGCUCUCAGUGAGAGAAGAGUAAAGCAAAAUCAGUCAAAAGUGGAGGACACGCUUAGUGAGAACAGACAGUCAAAGGUGGAAGAGGAUUUCGCUAAUUUCUUCGACGAAACGAGAAUGGAUGCAUUGGAAAAAAUGCAGACAUCGUGCUCAUUUAAAGAGCAGAUGGAGGUCGACGUUUAUUGCCCCAGACUUCUUUGUCUUGUUUUUGAGGCUGCCUACGAAACAAUGGAAGAGGCAAGAGGAACAAUUUUUGAAUUGGGGAAAGUAGUAACGAAAGGUUUUAUUCAAUUAGCCCCAGAAGAGAUCAAAUCGAUGACCCGCUGUAAAAGGACGGGCAUUUCUAAAACAUCGAUUACCUAUCCAGUCUGCUUAGGACGUCAAGAAUCACAGUAUCCGGUUGAAGCUGUUGAUGCCCUAAUGAUGAUCUUGAAAGAAACGGCACCCAAUUGCAACCUUGAUUGUUUAGUGGAGGAUGUUAUUCAAGCCGCUAAGUGGAAGUGGAGCAGGUGGCAAGAAAAGGAGAUAUUGGUGAGAAACAGCCAAAUUUCACACGCAGUGAGUCAGCUUCAUAAACCACUAUUCCAGGAGUACAUUAAAGCAAGUAUCCAGCUUACUUGGAGAAUGGUUACCCAGACACCACCAUUGAGGUUAGAGUAUCAUUCCUCGCACCUACAACGGUACCAUAAGAAUAUGGGUUACCAUAUGAGUCCUGAGGUACGUAUGUUGGUGAAAGGAACCCCUGACCAACAUCAGGAAGAGGAGAUAGCAUGUUAUCUUUGGCCGGGACUAUUUGAUGGGGAAGGAAGAUGUAUUCGAAAAGGAGAAGUCUUGUGUAAGAUAACUGAAAGGGUAUACCGAGUAAGCUUCUCUUGA